ACAAAAAAAAAUGGAACUUCUGGAAAUCGACCGAUUUGAUAGAGAAUUGCUCUGCUGCCAUUCCUCGCAUACACUCAUUCGCGUUUGCAUCGCACCAAAGGCAGCAUUAUUGGACAAAAUUCGACGCAAGAAACAUAGUGCCGGGUGAAGAUUAUCAACAUUUAACAAGUUUUUGAGAGUUUUCCUUAAAUUGCAUGCAGUAAUUGAGUAUUGAUUUGAAAGCAUAAACAAUGGACGAAAUGAGAACGCCUGUUAAAGAAAAGAAAUCUCCCAAAAAUUCCAAAACCGCGGAAAGAAUAUCCGGAAUUCACAAUGGCAUUCGUGGAACCGAAUACCAACUGUGUGUGACGAUGUACAUUUUGCUGCGCGCCUAUAACAGCUAUUCUGAACACGGGCAAGAUUUUAAGCUUUGUAUGGAACCUACGGAUCCGAUAGUUGGCGAAUUCGACGAUAUUUGGCUGGAGAUGAAUGGUGAACAUAUUUUGAUACAGGUUAAGCAUUGCUCAGACGGUAGCAAUCUGACGGAGGGUAUGCUUCUACCGAAUAACCGUAGCUCUGAUGAAGCAUUUUCCAUGUACAAAUAUUAUGAUUCUUUUGAAAAAAGUCAAAAGCUGAAAAAAGCCCGAUGCAGAACUGAUGAAAAGUGGACGUACGUUUUUUUGACCAACAAACCGUUGCAAGUGAGGGCAAGAAAAAUGUUUGUAAAGUGUUCAAAAAAGUCUUCAAUUGAAAGCAUCUUCGAUACCAGUUUAUUCUACAAGUUUUGGAAUGACCAAGAAAACGAAUGUUUUAAGAAGCUAAAUCCAUCUGAUGAUUUUUGCGAUAAUUUCAUACUUUCUGUGGCGCAUUUGAAUCUUCACAAAUUGCGGAAGAAAAUAGAAGCAGAAAUUAGGAAAACCAAGCAAAUGGACUCUAAACUUGGGAUCAAAUUUCUAAGAGACGAGCUUUUUGAUUGGGUUUGUGAUAAAGAAAAUCGGAAGAACAAAUAUAUGGAAAGGGAAUGGGUUGAAUCAAUGUUUCAAAAGUUUCACACCGAGCACGCAAAAGAUCACUGGAAGGCAUACGAAAACCCAGUUCUCUCAACUAUAAAGGAAUCAUUGCAAGAGUUUUUGAAUCGGGAUAACCAGAUAGGAGCAAUAGACGAAACUGCUAAACUUUUGUACGAAAAAAUAAAAUACAUUCUCACAACAGGUCAAACAGAGAACACACAGAAAUGUGAUGAAAGUGAGUUGACAGCACCAGAUAGAGAGGAUGAUGUUGACCAGGACGUUCCAGAAAAAAUAUCACCAAUCAAACAAAUAUUUACGUUGCGACAAAUUCUACAAAUAAGUCGAGAAUUUCAAGAAAAAGAUACACAUCAUUUAUUCGUCUUCUUUAAAGCUGAUUAUGAGACAGCGAAGUUUGAUGAACUAAUGAACCUAAUAGACGCGAAUGAUUUCUCAACUAAAACUCUAGGGAAACACGACUCACCUGCCAUGUUAAAUUUGGCAGUAAAAUGUGUCCUGAAACGAGCGGGAUUCAAGAUGGAGGGCACAGUUUUUGAAAAUUCUCGGUUGGUUCUCAGCCACGACAACGAAGUGGACAUAAUCGGAAAAACGAUCCAAGAUGUUGAAAUUCAGUACAUUAGACUCAAAGAUGAAGCCGGGAAAGUUGGUCUGAUCCUCGAUUCAUCGAAAACGAAGUACAUGUUAGCUAAUGGGAAACUACCGCAAAGUGGCUCAGUGACCAUAGCGAGUGAUAAAAUCGAAAUCGUGAAAGAGGUAGAAUUCCUCGGAUCAUUAGUGACAUGGGAGAACAGCUGCAACAUAGAAAUCGAGAGAUGUAUUAAAGUCGGAAAACGCACUUUCGAAGAUCUUGAGGAGAUGCUAGAAUCAGAGCAAGAUAUUCUCAAGAAAUGGAGGAUAUACGACGAGCAAAUACGAUCCAGAGUCCUUGAAGGGUGUGAGACGUGGACAGUGCUUGCAAGUGAAGAAACCAAGCUAAAGAAAUUUGAAGACGAAAUGGCAAAAGCAAUAUUCGACGGUGAGAAGCAACCAGACACCUGCACCAGACCUAUCAUGAGUGUUGUAACUGCUAGACAAGUACGGUGGGCGGGACAGGUCGCCGGGAUGUCGAACGAUGAACCCGCGAAAAAAGUGGUCAUCGAAGCCAGCUUUCCUGCCGUGAACGAUAAAAGACGCAGAGGUAAACCGAAAAUGCGAUGGUUCGAGGCGAUCAAUGAUCGUAAAAAAGAACCAGAUCUAUGGGACGUUUGGGAACUAGCAGAGGAGGAGCUCAAAACGGGCGCCCCCACGAGUAACCAAGGCGCAAUGCAAACCAUUUUGGGAUGGUGGAAUCAGGUCUCUUCACUUUUAAGUGCCCCAGAAGAAGAGUAAACCAGACACUAACAAAACUAAGAGAGCACAA